AUGGACGCCUCCUCCCUCCGCAUCUCCAAGUUCGAUGGAACUAACUUCCACGCCUGGAAGUUCAAGAUGCAGAUGGUGCUGGAGGAACGGGACCUAUGGGAGGUCGUCAGCGGUGAGAUCAAGGCGGAACAGUGCGAGACUCAGUUGGACCAAGCGACGUACAAGAGGAAGUCAAGAAAGGCGAUGGCAGUGAUCUGUCUAGCCAUGGAAGAUUCCCAGCUACCGUUGGUCCGGUCGGCAAGUGGUGCAUGCGACGCAUGGUCAAGGUUGGAAGACCACUUCGAGAAGAAGAGUCUUGCCAACAAGCUGUUCUUGCGCCGUCGCUUCUUCACGACAAUGAUGGAAGAAGGCGACGAUGUGCUCGAACACAUCAACAAGCUCAAGACGCUGGCGGAACAGCUAGAAGCGGUGGGGGCUCCAGUCUGCGAGGACGAUCUGGUGAUCACACUCCUCGGCAGCCUGAGUGACUCGUAUCAAUUCUUGAUCACAGCUUUGGAGUCGCGCUCAGACACUCUUAGCUGGGAGCUCGUGACGUCUCGACUGCUUCAUGAAGAAAUGAAGCGGAAGGAGCAAGGAAGUAAAGGUGAUGAAGCUUCGCAAGGUCAAGUGUUCAUCACAAGGGACAAUCAGCGCAAAGGGCGACCAGUGAAGAAGUCCUGGCCGUGCCACAAUUGCGGAAAGAUUGGUCACUGGAUGGCGGAGUGCCCCUCGCGCAUCCAAGAAAACACGGAGAGACACCGGCCACAGCGUGCUCAAGACAGCGGCGACCGCUAUCGAUCACAACGUGCAAACGUCGCUCAAGAAGAAGACUCGGGCGACUACCUCUUUCGAUCGGUGAAACGACAUCUGCGAAAUCGAGCGACAUCUGGCUGGUCGACUCCGGGGCGACGCAGCACAUGA